CACUGGAGCGCACAGGAGGCACGGGAGCGCACAGGAGGCACGGGAGCGCACAGGAGGCACGGAGCGCACAGGAGGAGGCACGGAGCGCUGCGGGACAUUCAUUCACAGACACCUUUCAGCUGAGCGUCGCUGGGACUUUGCUUAAGUUCUUUAGAAAAAAAAAACCUUACAAGUUGUCUUCGAUGACGAGCCGGCGCGAGACAAAGUCAAAGGGCGAGUGAGAUAAGCCGAGGGAUAUGUGGAGCUUUUUGACGCGCGGGGGGCACGUUUUGCGCCACUUGCUGUUGUGGCACGAGCGCGGUGACUUUUUAAAAAGCCUUUCUCAGUUUGAGUGACUUUUAAAGUAUGACUUCCUUUGAUGUGGCAUGUUUCCUGCAUUGUGUCCUCAUGCUCAGUAUUGCGACUCAUGGGAUGUAGUAAAUGGAGAGCCGCGCUCAACUUCGGACACCUGAGGGUGCAGUCCAAGCUGUCCGUCUUCUUUACCAUGAUCAUCCUCUGCACGUACCUCUUUUACUGCCUCAACGGAUACUGUGACUCCUUGCCAAGGCCCGUGUAUGACCAGCAAAGUAAUUUUCAAAACAAAAUCAACCUAAAAGAUGGAGCGUCAGCGCAGCAGCUCGGCGCGCAGAACGCGUCUCAGGUUGUCCGGGAACAGCUGUCGGACUUGUUGAACAGCGAUGCUCCCUCUAACAAUAUAUCUAUAGCUAAUACUUUCGGCAGCAAAAAGUUCCCUCAGGCCAUCAUCAUCGGGGUGAAGAAAGGUGGCACGAGGGCUCUGCUGGAGUUCCUGCGCAUCCACCCGGACGUGAGAGCCGUCGGCUCCGAGCCGCACUUCUUUGACCGCUUCUACGAUAAGGGAUUGGACUGGUACAGGAACCUGAUGCCUCGUACUCUGGAGGGUCAGAUAACCAUGGAGAAGACCCCCAGUUACUUUAUAACCAAAGAAGCUCCUCGGCGCGUCUUCUCCAUGAGCCGCCACACCAAGCUCAUCGUGGUGGUGCGUGACCCCGUGACCCGGGCUGUUUCUGAUUACACCCAGACUCUGUCCAAAUCUCCCGGGCUUCCGUCCUUUCAGAACCUGGCCUUCCGCAAUGCCACCACGGGCCUAAUCGACACAUCUUGGAGUGCCGUGCGCAUCGGCAUCUACGCCAAGCACCUAGAGAACUGGCUGCGCUUCUUCCCGCUCUCACGCCUCCUCUUUGUCAGCGGAGAACGCCUCGUGACGGACCCGGCAGGCGAAAUGGGCCGUGUCCAGGACUUCCUGGGACUCAAACGGGUGGUGACGGACAAGCACUUCUACUUCAACCAGACCAAAGGUUUCCCCUGCCUCAAGAAGCCCGAGGGGAGCAGCAGGCCGCGCUGCCUGGGGAAGUCGAAGGGCAGGCCCCAUCCCCAGAUCCCCUCUGAGGUCCUGCAUAGGCUCAGAGACUUCUACAGACCCUUCAAUCUCAAGUUUUACCAAAUGACCGGCCACAAUUUUGGUUGGAACUGAACAGCUGCUCACCAAAGCUCUUACAAACUGUUAGUAGCAUUCUUGUUCAGCCAACUACCAAAACCAGACAGGGAUAUCUUGAAGACUGUGUGUUACCAAAGGUUUUACCGUGCAAAAUAUGCCUUUCCUUUAUUUCUUAAGCUAUUAAGACUUCUUCCUUCCUGCAGAUUCACAACAGCAAUGCUAAAGAAAAGCUUGUGAGACAUGCUGGUUGCUGCUGCAAUGUGACGAGCAGAAGCCAGAUUGAAGCAUACUUGCACUUGGCACCCCGAGAGGCAGUAGUAUGCUUAACUCUUAUUGCUGUCCAAAACACUUAACGGCGCAGCCUCUAUAUUGAAAAUAACUUCAGAAAGAUGCCAACACUGCAAAGAGAUGUGCCUAAAGUUAAACCAAAUGAUGAACGAGUAACGAGCCAUGACAGUCUGGCAAAGCUACGAUAAACCAAACGACAUAGAGGGACACGGGAGCUCUGCUAAAAAACAAAUUACAUACUCAGUCUGCGAGGAAAGAAGCAAAGGGUUUUGAAUCAAAAUAAAUAACUUAAUCAUUCAGAAUCCCAUCAGCAUUGUUCAGUUUGCCUCUGUCAGGUUUAUACAGUGUAUGCAGUUAUAGAUAGUUCUUUGUUUCUUUAGUUCCUUCAAUGCAAGCUCCAUUUCUAGACUGUCUUUAAUACAAAUGAAAGAUCUAGCAUGGUGAAAAAGGUACCACACGUCUAAAAUGUAAGUCCACUAUUUGCUGUAAAUUUGCUGAUAUUUAUGUCGCCAAUACAAUGCUUGUAUAAAAUGUUCUCGACAGAAAACACCUGUAUCUGUGAUUGUUUUCUACUUGUAAUCAACACUCACCUCCACAAACAUGCAGCUGUAUAUUUCUAAAAGCUUAAUUUAUAAGAUGACAAACUAUUGUUGAGAUGUUUUCUCUGAGACUUUUGUAUUUGAAAUUCUGCUGGAAAUUCUGACUAAAACCUUUAUUCUAAAA